AAAUGCACCUAUAGAUAUUAGAUACACAUCAAACUAUUCAUUUGUUUUAAAGUAAUUUUAUAGUUUUUUUGUAAGAAAAAAAAGAGAUAGAGAUCUAAAGAGAGAGGGAGAGAAAACUUGAGAAUAUCAUCAUCAGGAGAUGAGCAUCAGUGAGUCAUAUCCACCGGCUUUCCGGAGUGUAGUCAACGACGGAGAUCCUCUAGCAACGGCGGAGGAGGAGGUCGAACCUGUUCUUGUCCAAGACGAGGAUAUCCAAAUCCCGGUUAUCGAUUUGGAGCGUUUGGACAAGGAGAUACUGAGAGAGGCAUGCAAGGAAUGGGGAAUAUUCCGUCUAGUGAAUCACGGAGUACCGUUGGCGUUAACGUCACGGCUUCAAGAAAUCUCGGGAUUGUUGCUGAGCCUGCCGUUUGAGACAAAACGGGAAUUGUUCGCCGCCGUUAAGUCUCCGUUAUCGUAUUUUUGGGGAACACCGGCUCUGAAUCCAUCGGGAGAUGCACUGAAGAGAGGAAGUCAAGCUUCGAACGUACACAUGCUCGAAGGUUUCAACGUUCCUCUCUCGAAGCUUCCAACCUUUAUAUCUUGUGAUGAUGAUCACAAGCCAAAACUUGAGUCUUUCAGAUUGUUGAUAGAGGAAUAUGGAAGGCACAUAACUAGGAUUGCUGUGUCCUUGUUCGAAGAUAUAGCACAAACACUGAACCUAGAAUUAUCUGGUAACCGGAGAUCAGAAUACUUAUCGGAAUCAACAGGGCUCAUACGGGUUUACCGGUAUCCCGGGAGCUCUGACAAAGCAGCCGGAGAAGCUCUAGGAAUGGAAGUCCACACGGACAGUUCAGUUAUCUCAAUAUUAAAAGAAGACGAAACUGGUGGGCUUGAGAUCAUGAAAGGUGAAGAAUGGUUCUGCGUAAAGGCUGUUGCUAAUACUCUCAUCGUCAAUCUUGGAGAUAUGAUGCAGGCGAUAAGCGAUGAUGAGUACAAGAGUGUGACGCAUAGAGUGAAAAAGAAGAAUAGGGAGAAAGAGAGACACUCAGUGUGUUAUUUUGUGUUCCCAAAGAGAGAUUGUGUGAUAAAGUCAUCAAACUAUAAGCCAUUCACGUACUCGGAGUUUGAAGCUCAAGUUCAAGCUGAUGUUCAGUCUCUUGGAACCAAGAUCGGCCUUCCUAGGUUCAGUCCAAAUUCUCCAUUCUUUAAUUGAUCGUGUCGCAAAAUUGAGUAUAUUUUUACAAGCUCUAAAUAUUAAAAGUCAAACCAAGUUUGUAACGUUGUCUCGUCUUGUUAUCAUGUGGUGCAAUUGAACUAGCUAGAGAUGUGGGAUUGCUUGAUUCGUAUUUUGGUUUACUAUAGUUUUAUAGGAAUUUAUAUUUUAGCAAAUUUGGAUUUGUUCGGGUCGAUUGGUUAUAAUAAUAGUUUUUGGCUA